GAGGGGCUCUGCCAACCCGCCGCAGACCUGCCCGGCUGCGCGCUGCGCCUUGUGCGUCCCAGCAGCUGUGGGUACCGCGCCGAAGGCGGCCGGGAGAUCCCGGGACGCCCUGCUCCUAGAACCCUCAGCGACCCCGCGCCCUGGCCUGCCGGCAUGGCUGUGCUCCUGGCGGCGGUACUAGCGUCCUCGCUCUACCUGCAGGCGGCCGCCAACUUCGACGGGAGGUGGCCCAGGCAAAUAGUGUCUUCGAUUGGCCUAUGUCGUUAUGGCGGCAGGAUUGACUGCUGCUGGGGCUGGGCUCGACAGUCCUGGGGACAGUGUCAACCUUUCUACGUCUUAAGGCAGAGACUAGCAAGGAUAAGGUGCCAGCUCAAAGCUGUGUGUCAACCACAGUGCAAACAUGGAGAGUGCAUCGGGCCAAACAAGUGCAAAUGUCACCCUGGAUUUGCUGGGAAAACCUGCAACCAAGAUGAGCCUUCCUACCCAAGUCCUCUUGACCAAGGCAGUGAACAGCCUCUUUUUCAACCCCCGGACCAUCAAGCCACAAGUGUACCUUCAAGGGAUUUAAACGAGUGUGGCCUGAAGCCUCGGCCCUGUAAGCACAGGUGCAUGAACACUUUCGGCAGUUACAAGUGCUAUUGUCUCAGCGGCUACAUGCUCACGCCAGAUGGGUCCUGCUCAAGUGCCCUAUCCUGUUCCAUGGCAAACUGUCAGUAUGGCUGUGAUGUUGUCAAGGGACAAGUCCGGUGCCAGUGUCCUUCCCCUGGCCUGCAGCUGGCUCCUGAUGGAAGAACCUGUGUGGACAUUGAUGAGUGUGCUACUGGAAGAGUCUCCUGCCCUCGAUUCAGGCAAUGUGUCAACACAUUCGGGAGUUACAUCUGCAAGUGCCAUACUGGUUUCGACCUCAUGUACAUUGGAGGCAAAUAUCAAUGUCAUGACAUUGACGAGUGCUCCCUUGGGCAGCAUCAGUGCAGCAGCUCUGCUCGAUGUUACAACGUGCACGGGUCCUACAAGUGCAAAUGCAAAGAUGGAUACGAGGGUGACGGACUGAACUGUGUGUACAUCCCUAAAGUCAUGAUUGAACCUUCAGGCCCAGUUCAUGUGCCAGAGAGAAAUGGUACAGUCUCAAAGGGAGAUGGAAGACAUGCCAAUAGGAUUCCUGACGCUGGAAGUACCAGGUGGCCCCUGAAGACACCAUAUAUUCCCCCUGUGAUUACCAACAGGCCCACUUCCAAGCCAACAACAAGACCCACACCAAAUCCAACAACACAGCCUACCCCCCCACCCCCGCCACCCCUCCCAACGGAGCUCAGAACAACUCCACUUCCACCAACCCCAGAGAGGCCACCCACUGGACCGACAACUAUGGCACCUGUUGCCAGUACAUCUACACGAGGAUUUACGGUUGACAACAGGAUACAGACAGAUCCUCAGAAACCCAGAGGAGAUGUGUUCAUUCCACGGCAGCCCUCAAAUGACCUGUUUGAAGUAUUUGAAAUUGAAAGAGGAAUCAGCGCCGAUGAUGAAACUAACGACGACCCAGGUGUUCUCAUACACAGCUGUAAUUUUGACCAUGGACUUUGUGGAUGGAUCAGAGAAAAGGACAGCGACUUACACUGGGAGCCUGUCAGGGACCCAGCAGGUGGACAGUAUCUCACAGUGUCUGCAGCCAAAGCCCCUGGGGGGAAAGCCGCUCGCUUGGUGCUCCCUCUCGGCCACCUCAUGCAUUCAGGGGACCUGUGCCUGUCCUUCAGGCACAAGGUGACUGGGCUGCACUCCGGCACACUGCAGGUGUUUGUGAGAAAAUAUGGUACCCACGGAGCAGCCCUGUGGGGAAGAAACGGUGGCCAUGGCUGGAGGCAAACUCAGAUCACCUUGCGAGGGGCUGACGUCAAGAGCGUAAUCUUCAAAGGUGAAAAAAGGCGUGGCCACACAGGGGAGAUUGGAUUGGAUGAUGUGAGCUUGAAAAGAGGCCACUGCUAAGAAGAACACUGCUGAGAAGGACACUCCAGAGCUGGCAGUGACCUUGCCCUUCUUCCUCUUUUUCCAGUCCUUGCCCUCUCAUCUCCCUUGUAUCAGGCCAGGGCAGGAGUGGGUCGGGGGAAGGCUGGCUGGCGACUGAGGUCUUGGUGGCCUGCUUCUGUGCAUCCCAACAAACAGUGACACCCGCCUUGACAUACAGCAGCAUCUGGAGACACAUCCAGGCCCUUCUGGGGUGGGGCUUUCUCCUUGUGUCUCCUUUAGGAAGGCCUUUGGCAUGUGGGACGCGUGCCAUCCUUCAUCCUGGUGACAGAGUGGCCCUGAUAGCCAGUUAUGGGAGAAGUUUUCAUUCUGUGCAAAUGGCGUUCUGUCAUCUGUCCAGUGUUGUGCCAUGAGUAGUGUUGACUUUGCUUACAGUAUGAUGCACAGCGUGCUUGUGGGACUAGUUCAUCCUUUUCACUUUCAGUUCGUUCUGGCCUGACCUCAACUCUGACUUUUACUGCCAUACACUUUAUAAUGGGAAGGUAUAGAA